AUGAAAUAUGUUACAAAAAUAAAAAGGAAUAAAACUUUGAUAGAAUCAAAAUAAAAAAAUUAUUCGGGUAUUGAAAGUAAAAUAAAAGGGCGUAAACUCCCCAAAAAUAUAAUAACAAUAUUCAUAGAUGCUGUUUCAAGAGCAAGAUAUAUUCAAAAGCUUAAGAAAUCAUCUAAAUGGUUUGAUUAAUAAGCUUAAAAUUAUAAGGAUACUCACCAAAUGUUUUAAGCUUUCAGAUAUAUGUCUGUAGGAAUCAAUACUUCUCCUAAUUUUUAUGGUUUGAAUAUGGUAUAGCUUAUGAAUUAGGAAAACUAUCUAAAAAUUCGCGUUGGAAUACUACUGAUGGUGAUGAAAACAUCGAAUUAAACUCAGAUGGCACACCAAUAUUUAAAGCUGAAAAUUUAGAAAAAUAUAAGAGUAUAACUAAAACUCUAUCAGACGCUGGAUAUAUCAUAGCUAAAUCAAGAACAAUAUGUGGAACUGCAAUUACUGAGCAUGAUCCACAAGAUGCUACUGUAGUCUAAACUUAACCAAUUGAUCAUGAGUUUGUAAGUGCAAUAUGUGAUCCUAAUUAUCUUCCUCCAAAUAAUCCUUUUGGUAUUUUAUAAGGACCUUAUAGUAUUUUUAAAAAAUGUCUCGAUGGAUAAGAAGUCAAUCAAUAUGUUUUUAAUUAUGGAAAAGAUUUCUUAUAAACUUAUCAUGACGUACCCAAGUAUCUAGAGAUGUACUUUUUGGAUGGUCAUGAAGGAACUGGUGAUGUGAUAAAUUAUUUUGAUGAUCCAUUAUACAAUUUUCUGAAUUGGUUAGUUGACAAUAACCAUCAUAAGGACUAUUAUAUAAUGAUGGUAUCUGAUCAUGGUUUACAUAUGUAGGGUUUAUAUUAUUUGAUGAGAUCUAAAAUAUAUGACAUUGAGGUGGCUCUGCCAGGUCUUUUGAUUUUGCUUGACAAAAAUUUAAUUGAUGAAAAAGAAAGAAAAGCGUAAUCAAUAAUUUAUAAUUUUAGUUUAGAAGAAAACUAACAAAAAGUGGUUACUUCAUUUGAAAUUCACUACACCUUGUAAUUCUUUACUUCAGAAGCCCAAAUUGAUAAUAGUCUUUUUUCAUCAAAAAUACUCGAAAAUAAUGUCGAGACAUACCAACACAACAUGAUUAAUUUUGCGCUUGUAUCAAAUAGAAAUGAUUAAAAUUAAUUUAAAUCAUAUUAAUUGAGCUCAUCAAAUAUUUAUGUCAAUUUACAAAUUAAUUUGAAUCUCGCUAUGUAGUCAUAAAAUAUUUUAUUCUAGCUAAUUUUAUCAAGAUCAUUUAAAAAUUAAUUUAUAGAAAAUAUAAAUUAACAAAGUUUUUAAUUAUAGGCUAAGAUAAUGUCUUGUAAUAAUUUAUUCAAAUUACUAAAUUAUAAAAAAAUCGAAAAUGAUUCUAAAUAAUUAAUGCAUUCAUAUAAAGAUUUGAAUAUUUAAGAAAAAUUACAAUCAGAAAAUACUGCUUACAGAGAAUUAAAAAUAAUGAAGUUUAUAAUUAUAAAAGUAUGA